AUGUCUUUGCCUAAUCACUUCCUCGAAAACAAAUCCAUUGUGGUUGCUGGGGCUGGCAUGGCCGGCCUAGCCUUUGCCAUCUCCUUGAAGAAGAGAUGGCAUAGCUCACAGCCACUCCGACUCACCAUCUUUGAUCGCGACAUCAGAAAUGGUGACCCGAAAAGACAAGGCUAUUCUUUGUCUAUCAACGGCGUGGACAAGGACGGUGGUCUUGUGGCGCUGCAAAAACUUGGUCUCCUGGAGCUUGUCAUCAAGGCAGCAACUCCAGGAACCACGAGCAUGUCUUUCAAGAUGUGGGAUAGCAAUUGGUCCGAGCUCCUUUCAGUGUCCGCGAAGCCAUAUGGGCAUCUCCCAGUUGGCGGAUUGCGGAUUGCGAGGGCUGACCUGCGCGAAAUCCUCAUCCAAGAAGCUGAGGCUCUGGGUAUUGACAUCAAGUGGGAGACGCAAUGCUUGAGAGCCACUUCGAAGGACGGUGGUAUUGAAGUUACUGUCUCCUCCAAUGCUGGUUCAAGUACCGUGCAGCACGAAUGCGACAUUCUGGUUGCUGCAGAUGGUGCCCACAGCAAGAUCCGGGCCUCUGUCCGACCUGUCGACGUGCUACAAUACGCCGGAGCCACACAAAUUGGCGGAUUGGCUGUCUUUCCAGAUGGAAUUCCGAAACCUCUGAGUGAAGCAUGGGGGAUCCUCAUCUCAGGACAUGGAAACAGCUGCUUUGCUUCACCCAUCAAGGACAAGACUGUUGUCUGGGCAUUGAGCAAGGCUGAAGAGAUGCCAGCGCAACCUGCUGGUGGAGAUGGCCGUGCUCUGCUCGAGGAGGCGCGAAAUCUUGGCAAGGAAAUAGGAGAGCCGUAUACGAGUCUUUUGAACGCGACAGAUCCAUCUACGGCCUUUGCUAUUCCAGCAAAGGACAAACAGCCAUUCAACCACCAGGGAGUCUUGCCAGGUGUCAUCUUUAUUGGAGACAGUAACCAUGCCGUGAGCCCCUUUGCUGGGAACGGCGCUAAUACGGCAAUGCAAGAUGGGUGCGACUUGGCUGAACUUCUCUUGUCUUCGAAUUCGUUGGAGAGCGCCGUCGCUGCAUACGAUAAUGUCUCGGUACCGCGAGCUGAGAAGACGCUCAAGUCAUCACAUUGGCGGAUCAGCAUUGCGAACCUGGAGGGCAUCAAAUUCUCCCUGUUUAGGCGGAUGGUGAUGGCAGGCGGCUUUUUCAUGUGGUUGACUGGCAAAUGA